CAAAACCAGUCUUUAUAUACUACAUUUGAUUGAAGUAAUUUCGAAGACUUUUUAAACACUUUUGUAUAAUUUUAAAAUUAUUACGAUGCAUGCAAAAGCAAUAUUUGUGUUAUGUUUAAUAAUUUGUUGUUUAAAACUAACUUAUUCUGGCCCUCCAGAGGAACGACAGACAGAGUUAUAUAACUUAUACAUGAGCAGCAACGUUGAGGAAAUUGACCAACCGAUGAACUAUGAAAAGCAACCUGACACCGAUGCCUCAGAAGGUGCUAAUGUGAAAAAAGAAGAUGAUGUUGCGCAGGACAAGCCUGUUCCCGCACAGAAUGAACAACCCAAUGCACAAGAGAAAAAACGAAAAAGUAAUUGUCUUUCAAAACUUCUUUGUGGCCGCCAUAAGGAGUGAUCGGAUACAAGCAUACACAUAAUAAGUUGUUUAAUAAAUAAAUAUAUACCUAUCUGAUAACCGGCUUAAGAAUGCAUUAAAACCUACCUAAACAAAAAUUGAAAAUUGUGUAAAUUGUAUAACAUUUAAAUUACCAAUAAAGAUAUGGUUAUUAAAUAAUUGUUAA